AGGUUGAGCUUCCGGUUGUAUUCGAAAAAUGGCCGGCUUGAGGCAAACGCCGCUAACUUGUUCUGGCCACACGCGGCCUGUAGUUGAUGUAUGUUUCUCACAGUUAUCGCCUUCUGGGGCCUAUUUUCUAAUAUCGGCGUGCAAAGAUGGCAAGCCCAUGCUACGCCAAGGCGACACUGGCGACUGGAUUGGAACGUUUGUCGGCCACAAAGGAGCCGUUUGGGGAGUUGCAUUGAAUAAGGACGCCUCGCGGGCUGCCACUGGGGCAGCAGACUUCAGCGCCAAGUUGUGGAACGCGGUGGCCGGGGAAGAGCUGCACACAUUCACGCAUCCACACAUAGUCCGCAGCGUUGACUUCAACUAUGAUGGAUCAACGUUACUGACCGGGAGCAACGAUAAGGCAUUGCGGAUUUUUGACUUGGGCAAAGAAGAUGCUGGACCUGUUAUAAUGAGGGGACACACAUCAGCAAUUAAGAAAGUCCUGUUCCUGAGAGGUGACAAACGGUUAGCAACUGCAUCUGAUGACAAGACAGUCAGGUUUUGGGACGUAGGUAGCAACACAGAAAUAACAAAAGUAGAAUUACCAAGCACUCCCAGUGACCUCGAAAUGACUGCAGAUGGUGCUAUCUUGCUCGUCACUUAUGGCCACACUGUCAGCUUCUGGAACACUGAAACAUACGAGAAAGUGAAGGAGUUUCAGGUACCGAGUCAGGUUAAUUCAGCGUCUCUUCAUCCAAAUAAGUCUGUCUUUGUUUGUGGUGGUGAGGACUUCAAGAUGUACAAGUUUGAAUAUGAAACUGGAAAUGAAUUGGAAUCUUUCAAAGGGCACUUUGGGCCCGUCCACUGCGUCCGAUUCUCUCCUGAUGGGGAACUGUACGCAAGCGGGAGUGAAGACGGAACGCUGCGUCUGUGGCAGACGGUCGUGGGCAAGACAUACGGCCUCUGGAAGUAUGUCCAACCCAUUGAGACCGGACAAAACGAGUCCAAUGCUGCAAAUGACGACGACGUUCCAGCAUCACUGGGUUCAGAUUCUGCACCUAACAAUGCAGUCAAGGCGGAAGCAUGAAUUUCCCUAUCGUUCCCGUGAAAGGCUUUGCCAGAAGACCUUGCGUAACAACGUCCACGCAGGGGACCAGUGAAGUGCAUUGCAUUGGUCUGUAGGGUCUAGAAGAUGUCAUCAUUGCUAAAUUCCGAUACAAAAACCAAACGUGGCUGGUCCCUGCGGAGCUAUUGAAAAAAAAAAAAGCGGACUUUUGUGUUGUUGUGUUGCUGGCUUUUUUUGGGUUUGGUCACAUUAUGAGCCAGGAUAAAAAGGGACUAUGCGUCUGUUGGCAUUAUUAAAGUUGUGUUCCAUUUUU